GCGGGACUCAGCGCUAGGGCGGGCGGAGGGGGAACGCAAACUAACGGACCACUGACUGGAGUAGACUACAGGGAGCACGCGAGCCAAAACAUGUCGAACACCAGGAAACUGUUCGAGAACCUGUCGGGGGCCGGCAAGUCCAUCGCCGUGCUGACCAGCGGAGGAGACGCACAAGGCAUGAAUGGAGCAGUAAGAGCUGUAGUCCGGAUGGGAAUCUACGUGGGAGCCAAAGUCUACUUCAUCCAUGAGGGAUACCAGGGAAUGGUGGAUGGAGGAGACAACAUCAAGGAGGCAAACUGGGAGAGUGUGUCUAGCAUGCUUCAAGUGGGUGGCACGGUGAUUGGCAGUGCCCGCUGCUCAGACUUCCGUGCGCGUGAGGGCCGGGUGCGGGCCGCGUUCCACCUGGUGUCGCGGGGCAUCACCAACCUGUGUGUCAUCGGCGGAGACGGCAGCCUGACGGGCGCCAACCUCUUCAGGGAGGAGUGGGCCGGCCUACUGCAGGAGCUCGUCCAAUCAGGUCGUAUUGACCAGCGCUCCGCGGACUCCAACUCGGUGCUGCACAUCGUGGGGAUGGUGGGCUCCAUCGAUAACGACUUCUGUGGGACGGACAUGACCAUCGGCACCGACUCCGCCCUGCACCGCAUCAUGGAGGUGGUGGACGCCAUCAUGACCACCGCCCAGAGUCACCAGAGAACCUUUGUACUGGAAGUGAUGGGAAGACACUGUGGGUAUCUGGCGUUAGUCAGCGCUUUAGCAUGUGGUGCUGACUGGGUCUUCAUUCCUGAGAUGCCCCCUAAAGACGGCUGGGAAGAACAGAUGUGCCAGAAACUAUCAGAGAAUCGUGCUGAUAAGAAAAGGCUAAAUAUCAUCAUAGUAGCUGAAGGUGCGAUUGACUCCUCCAACAAGCCCAUCUCUGCUGAUUAUGUCAAAGACCUGGUGGUGAGGCGUCUGGGUUAUGACACACGGGUCACCAUAUUGGGUCACGUCCAGAGAGGAGGAACUCCUUCAGCCUUUGACAGGAUACUGGCCAGCCGUAUGGGGGUGGAGGCGGUACUGGCGCUGUUGGAGGCUUCUCCAGGGACGCCGGCGUGCGUCGUGUCUUUGUGCGGAAACCAGGCCGUCAGACUGCCCCUCAUGGAGUGUGUUCAGAUGACACAGGACGUGCAGAAGGCCAUGGAUGAGAAGAGAUUUGAUGAUGCUGUACGGCUGAGAGGCAGGAGCUUUGAGAAUAACUUAAACACCUACAAACUGCUGUCUCACCGCAAGACUGACACAGAGAUCCCGCAAGGUCCGUUCACCGUGGCGGUGCUGAAUGUGGGUGCCCCUGCGGCGGGCAUGAAUGCGGCGGUGCGCUCGGCGGUGAGAGUGGGCAUCACGGAGGGGCACCGCAUGAUGGCCGUACAGGACGGCUUUGAGGGCUUCGCCAAAGGACAGAUUAAGGAGAUUAAGUGGGGUGACGUCGGAGGCUGGACUGGUCAAGGAGGAUCACUACUGGGAACCAAGAGGACCCUGCCAGCAAAGCACAUUGAUAAGAUAGCUGAACAGAUGAGGAUUCACCGCAUCAACGCCCUGCUGGUGAUUGGUGGAUUUGAGGCCUAUCUAGGGCUGCAGGAGCUGUUAGCAGCGCGGGAUGCACACGAUCCGCUUUGCGUUCCCAUGGUGAUGGUGCCGGCGACCGUCUCCAACAACAUCCCCGGCUCCGACCUCUGCAUCGGAGCUGACACGGCGCUCAAUGCCAUCACCAGCACGUGCGACCGCAUCAAGCAGUCUGCGAGCGGUACGAAGCGGCGUGUGUUCAUCAUCGAGACGAUGGGCGGUUACUGCGGUUACCUGGCCAGUGUGGGGGGGCUCGCAGCCGGAGCCGACGCAGCAUACAUCUACGAGGAGCCCUUUGAUAUACGGGACCUGCAGAUUAACGUGGAGCAUCUGAGGGAGAAGAUGAAGACCAGCAUCCAGAGAGGACUAGUACUCAGGAAUGAAAGCUGCAAUGACAACUACACCACAGACUUCAUCUACCAGCUGUACUCUGAGGAGGGCAAAGGAGUCUUCGACUGCAGGAAGAAUGUCCUGGGACACAUGCAACAGGGUGGAGCUCCCUCUCCAUUUGACCGCAACUUUGGCACCAAGAUCGCCGCUAAAGCCAUGCAGUGGAUCUCCCGCCGCCUCAAAGACUUCUACCAGGAGGGCCGGGUGUUUGCCAACACGGAGGACUCGGCCUGCUUGCUGGGUAUGAGGCGCAGAGCCCUAGUGUUCCAACCCGUCACUCAGCUCAAGGAAGAGACCGACUUUGUCCACCGUAUUCCCAAGGAGCAGUGGUGGCUGAAGCUCCGCCCCCUGAUGAAGAUCCUGGCCAAGUACCGGACGAGUUACGACAUCUCCGACUCCGGCCAGCUGGAGCAUGUGACCCGCCCGCGCGCACGCGACAUCGAGAUCGCCAUCACCAUCUGA